AUGAAUCCGCUAGACUAUCUACCUCCCGAUGUCUUCACGCACGCCUGGGUAGCCCCAACACGCGCCGUGCAGACCCUGGGGCCGCAUGUCUGCGUGGUGGGUCCGCGUUAUGAGCGUGUGGAAGUUGGGGUUGUGGCGAUGGAUGGCAUCGAGCCGCCACCGCCUCCUCAGUUCGAGGUCGUGUGCACCGGUCACACACGCACCUUUCUGCCCACCCCGCACCCCGGCAGCUGCCCGCUCGACUACACUGCUCUCUUCGUGACGCUGCAUCGCCGGCAGAGGGAAAAGAUUACCUGCCUUCAUGCAUCGCGUCCGGUGCCGCUACUUGCCUCCGGAUCUCCACGGACAAAACGGCUACAUGAGGCUUCCCCUUCAGCUGCCGCUGGUGGCUGGAUGACGGCUCGCACACCACCGUCGUCAGCAGCACCGUACGCCUCUCAGAACGCGGAACUCGACAUUCCUGGGCGUCACGUGGUACGCUUCGCGACGUCUGCGGGCCACUCAACCGCUCUUCCCUCAGACUCCUCGGAGGGCAGGCUCGCUGCGGUGGAGCGUCCCGUACCGGAGUCGGUGGCGCCCACGCCGAUGUCAACUGCGGCGCUGUCGAGCCCUGUAGGGCCUGUUCAUCACCAUCACCACCGUCAGCAGCCGCAGCAGCAGCAACAGCCCCAUCAACCCCUGGGCACCGGCCAACCGCACCAUCACCAUCAGCGACGGCCACGGCCAGAUCCGCAGCGCAUGCAGUACCGCGUCGGCCGCAGUGGCAGCACGCAGCCCCUGCCUCUCCCUGAUUUACACGGUGGAACGCCCUCGAACACCGGCAGCACCACCACACCCCUCCCCACGCGGCAGACGGAGGAGGCUGCGCCGCAGCCGUUGGCGCGUCUCCUGUCCUCCCUCCCGCCCUCCUCCGCGGCCCUCUCCUUCUCACCCGCCAUCGCUUCAUCAGCGUCCACCUCGAUGCCGCGCGACACCGCGUCAGCCGUCUCUCUCGCCGUCAGCUCCCUACGCCCUUCUGUCACUCGAGCGAUUUCCACGGAGACGGCGGAGGCGACCGCGCUUCCCAGCGACACUGACCGCCACUACAUCCUCAUGGGUCGCGACUCGCCUUUCCUUGCCGGUAGAGAUGACGCACCAGCUGAGGCAGCCAUGGAAAACUUGCAGCAGUCACGCUGGCUUCUUUCGCGGCACCCACGUCAACGCGUGAGUGGCGGCAAUGCCAAUGCGGUGGUCGACGAAGUCGGCGCUGGCGCCCACGGCGAGGUGGGUACACGAGAACGACUGCAGCAGCACCAGCAGCAGCUUCAACGCACUCUGGAGUGGCAGUGCCAGCUCGAGCUGCUCACGUUCGAUUUUGACGACGGCAUGGGUGACGCAAGAGGGCCACAGCAACCCACGGCAGAGCACAUGCUUCUCUCCCCGGACGCACCAGACGCUCAUCGGUCAGCGAGCGAGGGACCACGACGAGGGCGAGCUGCUGCUGCUCCUGCUGCGCCGUACGUGUUCCGUGGAACCGGCGCACAUGACGCGGACGAGAUUCGCGCGGACUCUGUCGUCGUCGCUCGGGGUUUGCCUCUCGCCUGGACGCAAACGCCCAGGCGUGGGAGCACCUCACCGUCACCGCAGCAACACGAUCUCCCAUUGUGGUGGCAGAGAGGACAAGCUGCGCAAAGGCGGUGUCCACAACCGGACGCUGCACCGCAGGCCCACAGCGAUGAUCAGCAGCUGUCGCCGUCUCCAGCAGCAGCCGUUGGAGAAGAUGCGCAUCCUCACCACACAGCGUCCGCACCGCAGCGCACUACUGGUGCGCCGUCCUCCACGCCGGCAUCCUCUGUGGUUGCGUCGCGAUCUGCAGCACCACACGCGACGUCGGUCAGCACACGUGCGGCGCAGAUGCUCCUAUCGCCGUCCAUACGCGUCGAUCGCGAUGAGCGCAGCGCCUCUCUGCAUGUUCCCCUUUCCUUCGCUACCGCGGGUGUUGUCGACGUCGACGACACCAUGGUGACAUCGUCUUGUGGAGUUCUCCCGUCACCGAUUCCGGUGGAUCACUUGCGUCGCCCUUCACUGCCCACCGCAGCACUCACAGACGUCGUCCCAUCAAGCCGGGUGCCCAGCGAAGAGGUGUGCUGGGCAGAGGGAAUAAUGUGCCUGGGCGACAGCAGUCGAGGAGUCUCUGCGUCUGCGCAUCCCCGAAACAGAGUGAGCGCCUGCAACAGUCCCGCAGGCGCUGCAACGUACCCAGAGGCCGUGAUUGCCGCAGUGGUGGCCGGCACGGUUGGCCAUCGUGCGUGGAAGCUGGAGUCCCGCUGCAGCCCCUGCCCUUCAGCGAGCGCAACCGGGCGGACGGCGGCCUCUGAGCGCAGUAGUCGCGAUGAUGUCGACUUCGAGAGAAGCACAUCAGAAGCGCACCGGGGCGAUGUGUUCGAGGAGGACGCUGGGGCGGUCGAUGAGGAGAUACCGUUUGUGCGGCGCACCAGCCCUGGCACGAGUGACGGUACCGGCAAAGAGAGCGGCAGUCACCGCAGCAGUGGUACCCCAGGCGCAGCGGAGCCACAUGGCGAGAUUUUUAAGCCGUCGGCCUCAGCGGGCGGAUGUGACGACGAUUGCGUGCGCAGCCGUCGUGAUCCCCAACUGCUGCCCUUGUCUCGCGCCGCGUCCUUGUCCUCGUCCUCGUCCUCGUCACCCGCUCCGUGGCACUUUCGCACCGUCACGAAGGCUGGCGACAUCGACGUGGACGCGGCAUGUGAGGAGGUCGGCGAAGCCGGUGACUCCGCCAACACCCCGGCGGUGGCCGCCACGACGUCCCCGAUGGUCUACCUCUCCGAUAUGCUCCGUCUCUCCUUCUCGCCGGAUAACGGGGCCGACGGCGCUGCCGUCGUCGCGGCGCAGAAGGCGCACCGCACGGCCACGGCGCGUGUAGGUGCUCAGGACCGCUACAUGUGCGACCCCCACAACCGUCGGCAUCAGUCAUGGACCGUUCUCGCUGACGAUGGCGCCGGCAGCUCUCUUUGCAGAAGUGCCGCGUCGACAUCCUCCAGCCCGCCCUCGCAAAUCCGGACUGCCAUUCGUUAUUUGAUGGACAUGGAAGACGAGGUGGUGUCCGACAGCAACCUGUCGAGGUCGCCACUUUCGCCGCUCGACGUGACGCGUGGCAGGUGCGGGACUGCCGCCAGCAUGACCACAACGGGGCCCUCCACCUGCACGCCGCACCGAGUCGCCGGCCGCCUCGCACUAUCCGCAGACGAGCGGCGCCUACACGCCUCAAUGGCGAGCACCGUUGCGUGGGGUAGAGCCAACGGAAGUGAGCACACCCACCAUGGCACUACAGCAACGGCCGUCACCGCCACUCCGGAGGAAUCCUCCGAGCAGUCCUCUAUACUCUCCAUCUUCUCCACUCCGACGCAGACACGUUUGCAGUCGCUGCUGCAGGCGUCCACGUGGUCCACGGCGACGCCGUGCUCGCAGGAGAAGGGGACCAGCAAUCACAGCAGCAGGCGGAACUUUCAUCGCCAUCCACAGAUUCCCUCCACAAUGUCGACUGGGGGGCGGACGAGUCCGCGCGCGAUGAGAGAAGACAGCGAUGACGUCGAAGACGAGAUCAAGAUGGGGACCGCCGACCAGAACCCAUACGGCCGCUUCCCCACGCCAGCGCCCACUGCGCCGGCGCGGCUCAUGACGCCGUGCGACCAGACUAAGAGAAAGUGCGACAACGGCGGCGUCCGCCACAGCCCUGGUAAAGGUCACGAGCCUCAGCAUCUUGUCCGCGAAGGGGGGCAAGGCGGCGAUGAUGUACACUCGCGCGGCAGUAGCAGCAUGACACCAACGCGUCUAUCUGGUGUCUGUGCCUCCCCUGCAGCAGUGCGGGCGUCUGCCACCUUGAUGGUGACCCCGUCAAGGGCGGCGGUCGCAGAAGCCGCCCUGGCGGCGGCCUCACCCUUGCAUCCGUCGCCCUUUCGCGGCUCCGGCUCCUUCCUGCAGGUGCAUCCCGCCUGGAGGGGCAGCACCUCGACAGCGGCGCCGAGCGGUGCGAACUGGCUGUCGCUCUCGCAGGAGGAGGACAUUCAGCUCUUGGCUCGCACGACACGCCUCACGCACGCGCGAGGCGGCUCGACGACGGGGGCGCUGACACCCAAGGUAUGCGAACUGGCGCGCUCUUCCCGGCAGCCCCCGCCCUCCCCACCCUCAUCCCCUUCGCGGCGCUCCACCGGCUCGCUCAGCUUUUUCCUGGCGGGAGCAGCGGCCUCUCCGGGGAGUGGAGGCGGCAUCCGUACGAGCGGUGGUGACGGUUGUAGCGAAGACGACGAGGGACGAGGCGUGCACGCGGCAAGCAGCGCGGUCUACGGCAGCGCGGUGGCACGGCGACGCUCUUGGGCACCGCGGAAGCAGCAGCAGAAACGGCGGCGGCGGCGACAGUCACACUCGUCCGUGGGCAUACACUCCCCAUCCGUCAGCGUCCGCGGCAUAAGUCGCACCGACAGCAGUGGCAGUCGCUUCAGCGAGGCCUUAGGAGUAGCGCCGCAGCGGUUAACGUUCGGGAGUGCCAUCGCCCCCGUCUCCGUCGCCAACAGCAACACCGGCAGUGUCGAGCGUUGGCCAACGGGGUAUUCUACCCCCACUGCGCUUGCCCUCUCCCAUCAACGUCAGCAGCGACAGCACCGCGUGCCUCCGCCGCCCUAUGCGUUCUCGCCUGGCGAUGCGCCCCGUCGCGGCGACGGUGUCGAGGAAGCAGCGGAAACCAGUCCCCACUGGAUCCCUCUAUCGUCGGAGCAGCGCGCCCCCUCGCCGCGACAGUCGUGGGCGUUCCCGGCGUCGUCACCCCUGUCGCUCUCGCCCUUUGCGCCCCGUACGCCGAGCGGACGGCUAUCGCUGCCGUCCACCGAGUUCAACCAGGCCCCACUGCGACACGGCGAGACGCGAGACGCCUUCAGAACCCGGUCUCUCCCCUCCACCUCGAUCGCCAGUGCCGCUGAGCAGCGGGCGCAGCACGUGCGUGGAUCCUCUCGUCGGAGCCGCAGUCUCGGCAGCGGCAGCGGCAGGGGCAGCCUUCGCGACAUUGGCGGCCGCCGCCGUGCGAAUCGCGCCUUGUCCUUCUCCACACUGCGCUCAUCACCUUCCGUCCUUGCGACGCCCACCGUGGGGGCAGGGCUGGAGUACGCGCUGGGCGCUGCCACGCCAUUGGGCGGACGCAUUGACGCUCCCUCUCCGUCUCCUCUCAACAGCGGCCGUCAGCGUCGGACGAGCAGUGACAGCAGCAUGAGGAGGAGCAGGGAGAGCCUUCACAUCACCAGCAGCGGCCGCUCUCGCGCCUCAGCGUCGCUUAUGCUACAGCUCCAGCCGGUCCAGCCCCGGACCUCUUCUACGGCGCCGCAGCCGACUCUUGCCGACGAGCUGCGCUUGUUCGCUAGUCCCGUCUUCCCCACCGCCCCCAUCGAGCCGCUGGUGUCCCCCUCUUCCUCUGCCACGGCCCCACUCCCCCUAGCCACGUUCAUCGCCUCGCCGCCGCGAAGGACGGGACCGCCUACCUCUACCAUCGCGCCACCUUCCACGUCUUCUCUUGUGCAUUCACCCGCCCAACGACCAUCUCUCCCACCGGAGCUGCUGGCAUUGAUGCAGAUGCGCACUUCGGCAUCAUCGACAUCGGCGGCAGCGGCAGAGACGCACCGCGAUCCAGGUGACGCACCGUCGUCGACGUCACCACAAGCGGCAGAGAGCGGAGCAAUGGCCCCGCCGUGCGUCUUUGCCUCUUACGGCAAGCCAGUGCAGCGGCGAGGCUGCAGCGAGCGACGUGACGUCAAUGUGGAGCCCGGACAGGGAAGCCCGUCCUCUCCCCACCGGCCUGAGGGCUCUCCCACCGCAGUGAGAAGGGAGGUGGAGUGA